GAUGGCGAAGACGCACUUCUUCCUUUGAAACUUCCGCACACUUCCUCUCUCACGAAGCAGCCACAGCAACAGCUGCCGCCGCCACCGCCCCCGCCGAUCAGCUAGGGCUCUGGUGGGUUUUAUCGAAUCUUCUCCGACGAAGAAAGAGUUCUCAAAGCCCCCAGCCUAAUCCCCAUUACUUAGUUUCAAUGGCCAAAGUUCCAGCAGGAAACGAUCACCCUGUUGGCCAAACCACAGUCCGAAUUGUUGUGGCCGGAGACCAUGGCACCGGGAAAUCCAGCUUGAUUGUGACUGCUGCCACCGAGAACUUCCCGGCAAAUGUGCCUCCGGUGCUGCCCCCUACAAGGCUGCCUGAAGAUUUCUACCCUGAACGCGUUCCCAUCACCAUUAUCGACACAUCAUCUCGAGCAGAGGAUACUAAUAAGGUUGCUGAAGAGUUGAAACGGGCUGAUGCAGUUGUGCUUACUUAUGCAUGUAAUCAGCCUCAGACACUUGAUCGAUUGAGUACAUUUUGGCUUCCAAAACUUCGUCAACUAGAGGUAAAGGUACCUGUUAUAGUGGUGGGUUGUAAGCUAGAUUUGAGAGAUGAGAACCAACAGGUGAGCCUCGAACAAGUGAUGUCACCAAUAAUGCAACAGUUUCGGGAGAUUGAAACUUGCAUCGAAUGUUCAGCAUAUAAACAUAUUCAGAUUCCGGAGGUUUUUUACUAUGCACAAAAAGCUGUGCUUCAUCCAACGGGCCCAUUAUUCGAUCAGGAAACACAGACUUUGAAGGACCAAUGUGUGCGAGCCUUGAAGCGGAUAUUCAUUCUUUGUGAUCAUGAUAGGGAUGGUGCCCUCAGUGAUGCAGAGCUGAAUGAUUUCCAGGUUAAAUGUUUCAAUGCUCCAUUACAACCUUCUGAAAUUGUGGGUGUUAAGAGGGUCGUGCAAGAAAAAUUACCAGAAGGAGUCAAUGAACAUGGGCUUACAUUGACAGGGUUUCUUUUUCUUCAUGCACUAUUCAUAGAGAAGGGACGUCUAGAGACAACGUGGACUGUCCUUAGGAAGUUUGGAUACAAUAAUGAUAUAAGGCUUGCAGAUGAAUUAAUCCCAUCUCUCCCUAAACGAAGUCCUGAUCAGAGUGUGGAGCUGACAAAUGAGGCAAUUGAGUUUCUGAAGGCUAACUUUGACUUGUUUGACGGUGAUGGUGAUGGGGCCCUCCGACCACGUGAACUUGAAGAACUAUUUUCUACUGCUCCAGCAAGCCCGUUUAGUGAAUUUCCAUCUAAGGAUGCUGCAUUUGGAGGGUUAUCACUUGAUGGAUUUUUGUCACAGUGGGCCCUCAUGACACUUCUAAACCCAGCUUCUACGAUGGAGAAUCUGAUAUACAUUGGUUAUCCUGGUGAGGUUUCAUCCGCAAUCCGUGUGACUAGGAAGAAGCGUGUAGAUCGCAAGAAGCAGCAAUCGGAAAGAAAUGUUUUCCAAUGCUUUGUCUUUGGUCCAAAGAAGGCUGGGAAGUCUGCAUUAUUGGAUUCUUUUCUUGGAAGGCCAUUUUCUGAAACUUAUAAUCCAACCACUGAGGAGCGUUAUGCGGUUAGUGUUGUUGAUCAACCUGGGGGACCCAAGAAAACCCUAGUAAUGAGAGAAAUUCCUGAAGAUGGAGUUGAGAAAUUUCUCAGAAAUAAAGAGGCUUUGGCUGCAUGUGACAUAGCUGUGUUUGUUCACGACAGUUCUGAUGAGUCAUCCUGGAAGAGAGCAACUGAGUUGCUGGUAGAAGUUGCUAGUCAUGGUGAGACUACUGGCUUUGAGGUACCUUGCCUCAUUGUUGCAGCUAAAGAUGAUCUGGUUGCAUUCCCAUCGGCCAUUCAACAUUCUACGAGGGUUAGCCAGGAUAUGGGAACAGAGGCUCCUAUACCUAUCAGCGCAAAGUUGGGUGAUUUCAACAAUGUGUUUCGUAAAAUUGUAACUGCCGCGGAGCACCCUCACCUGAGCAUUCCUGAGACUGAGGCUGGAAGGACCCGCAAGCAAUACCAUAAGAUCCUUAACCGAUCUCUAAUGUUUAUUUCAGUGGGAGCUGCAGUGGCCAUGGUUGGAGUGGCGGCUUACCGAGUCUAUGCUGCGAGGAGGAAUGCCUCCGGUUAAACAAUUGAGGAUGAAGUUCCCGUUGAGUUUAUCCGUUGCGACCGCUAGUUGCAUUACUGCUUCAUAAACUCUUGUAAUUUUUCAUUUCGAGAUUAAACUUGUAAUUAACAACUAGCAAGUGCUAUUCUUUUGAUCAGUCGGGAAUUGUUUGGGUUGUUGUUAGCUUGCGUUGCGAGGGAUUGGCGCAAGGUCCACAACUUGUUCGUCACAAUAUGUAGAGAGGAUUCAUAUUGAGGUUAGGGAGAAAAUGUUGUGUCAAGAGGAAAGAGAGAGUAAAGGGCAAAAAAUUGAAAACAUUUUGUGCUCUUUAGUUGGUUUAUGUAUCUCUUUUGAUUGUCGAUUCA